CCGACGCGUUACCUGUGCACCUGAACGCCUCGUCGCACCUGCCCGCGGGCGACAGUUAGAGCUACGCGCGCAUUCACACACGGAGCGGAACCUGAGCUGAGAGCACGAGCAGCAGAAGGGAGGAGGUCCGGUCCAAAACAGGAGCAACCCUCAUUUACUAAAGAUGGCAAGUUCCACGCUUCUGCAACGUAUUCUGAGGCCUGCUGCAGUCGCAACCCCGGUACUGGUGUUCUCCAAGGUGAUCGUCUGCGUCUUGCCCAUUGCUCAGAUUGCAAUCGGUGCAAAGUACUUGAAGGAGUGUCCGCGGCAGGACAACAUCCCCAUCUAUCUGGUGGUAAUGGGCAUGUUCGGCUUAAUGCUCACGGUGCUUUCCUGCCUGCCGUGCACGCAGGAGUCCGAAGAAGGAGCCCGCAGCACGCUUAACCGCCUGUGCGUUACGUGGAACUCCAUUGUGUCCCUCUUCCUUUUCUGCUGGUUUAUUGCAGGUAACGUGUGGAUCUACUCUAUUUACGAGCCGAGUUAUAAUAAAACGACGUCCCACAACGAGAUGUAUUGCAACAAGACGCUGUACCUGUUCGCCUUCUGGACCACCACGUUGGUCUACAUUUUUCUGGGUUUGUUCCUGGUAAUCAGCUGCUGCGUUCUUGUCUGCUUCUUCAUAUUGGGCCGAGCCGACCCUGACGAUUAGUGAGAUUUUCACACCAAUCGAUGAGGAGAUCUGUAACAAUUAUUAGAGUUCUUUUUAGAUUAUAAAGUGGAAACAGGAACACCAGACUGAGGCUUUACAAAUGAAAGAACUGAUAAACAAGCUCAUUUCAAGCUACAUUUAACUUCAACCACACCUGCUCUUAAUUUUCUUCAUUCAUACACAAUCUACCAAACAUCCAGCAGGGGCAGUGUUUAACAUGUGCAUCAUAUAUAUAUAUUU